ACAGAGAUUGAUACAGAAAGCUAUGUUGUGUCAUGAGUAGCUGCACAGCACAAAAGCACAAACAGGACAAGGUACAGAACAGAACUGCAAACCUCACACCUUUACGAUGGCACUGGGCUUUGUAGGCACGAUUCUUCUGACUGCGUGUGUCACCAUUCUGCUUUUCCUGUUUAAAUGGAGAGGCAAAAUCAAAAUCAAAAAUCUGCCCCCAGGACCGACGCCAGUUCCACUGUUGGGUAAUAUUCCACAGAUUAACACUACAGAACUUCCUACCUCUUUGCUUGAGCUAAGUAAAACCUAUGGACCUGUGUACACCCUGCAUCUGGGCAGUUAUCGAUCAGUCAUGCUCAUUGGGUAUGAUGCUGUGAAAGAGGCAUUGAUUGAUCGCAGUGAAGUGUUUAGUGAUAGGGGAAUUAUGGACUUUACUGAACUGAUAUUUAAAAAUAAUGGUGUUUUGAUGACCAAUGGGGAGAGGUGGAAAACAAUGCGGAGAUUUACUCUCAUGACUCUACGAAAUUUCGGAAUGGGGAAACGAAGCAUUGAGGAAAGGAUUCAAGAGGAAUCGCAAAGCCUUGCAGAAGCAUUUGAAAAGAAUAAAGGUCAACCAUUUGACCCAAUGUACCUGCUGGUACUAGCUGUAUCCAAUAUAAUCUGUUCCAUUAUUUUUGGUGAGAGAUUUGACUAUGAGGAUCAAAAAUUUUUGACUUUACUAAAGUAUCUGAGGGAGAUCAUAAGAUUAUCAAACACAUUCAUUGGACAGCUUCUCAAUUUCUUUCCAAAUGUGUUACAAUACAUUCCUGGCCCCCACCAAAAUAUUUUUACAUAUUUUGACAAGCUAAAAGAGUUUGUAAGGGAAGAGGCAAAUGCUCACAAAGACACGCUGGAUAAGAACUGUCCAAGAGACUUUAUAGACUGCUUUAUUAUGAGAAUGGAAGAGGAAAGUAUGAAUCCUAACAGUGAAUUUCACAAUGAGAAUUUGAAUCAAGUCAUCUUCGAUUUGUUUAUUGCUGGGACAGAGACAACAAGUGUAACACUGAGAUACGCCUUUCUUAUUUUACUUAAAUACCCAGAAAUUCAAGAAAAGAUUCACAAGGAGAUUGAUCAAGUAAUAGGCCAAGACCGCUGUCCAUCAGUCGUGGACAGGAGCAAGAUGCCAUAUACUGAAGCUGUGAUCCAUGAGGUGCAGAGAUUUGCAGAUAUUGUUCCAGCUGGACUGGCCCAUGCAGCCAGCAAAGAUACAACCUUCAGAGGAUAUAACAUUCCCAAGGGUACUUUGAUCUUUCCAGUGCUGACCUCUGUCCUAAAGGAUCCUAAAUUCUUCAAAAAUCCAUAUCAGUUUGACCCUGGGCACUUUUUGGAUAACGAAGGCAAUUUUAGGAAGAAUGAUGCAUUCAUGCCAUUUUCUGGAGGAAAACGUGUGUGCGCAGGGGAAGGACUAGCUCGAAUGGAGCUCUUCAUAUUUCUCACUACCAUCUUACAGAAGUUCAUUUUAAAACCCACAGUUGAUAUAAAAGACAUUGAAAUUACCCCAGAACCUAAAACUAACGGUUCACAACCUAGGUCCUACAAGAUGUUUGUUGUCCCUCGCUGCUGAAGCAUGAUUUGCCAAAAUAAUGAUGUGCUUAAUAUACACUUGAGGCUUACAAAUGAUUUUGUAUGUUCUUGAAUGUGUGUAUGUGUGUGUGUGGGAGGGACUUGCUCUUCAUAUAUCUUACUACCAUCUUACAGAAAUCUGUUUCAUAACCCACUGUGGAUACAAAAGACCUUAAAAUUACUCCGCAACCAAGAACCAAUGCUACAAGACAGUGGCCUUAAAAGAUAUAUGUUUUCUCUCACUUCUUUACAAUGUUGUUAUGGAUUGUUUGUAGUACCCUUGAUGGGGUGAUAUAUACUGUUCUUUUCCACUAGCACUAAACGAUUAUAUCUAAUGAAGCAUUCUCUGUUUUUUUUAAUUAUUAUGAAUGCUUUCAGUCUGUAAUGCCAUGGCCUGCCCAUUAAUGAUUCUGGAUUUAGUUCCUAAAUUAUUAAGUAUGCGCUUCAUUGCUGACAAUGCAGAUUAGCCUCUCCAUGGGGAUUUUUGUGUCUAAGUUAUAAUGUAUAUGAUUAGUGAUGAGCGAAUCUGUCCUGUUAACCUUCAUCAAAAAAAAUCUCAAAAAGUGAAAAAUUAAUGAAACAGUGAAAAAUGUAACACAAAUCGUUUUAUGCGACUGUGACUAUUUUGACAUGACCACGCCCAUUUUUAUGCAAUGUGCCCUAUUUGACGUAACAGCAACCAAAUUGAUGGGACCGUUCCUAUAUUGGGACCGUUCCUAUUGCUGCAAUUUUUUUCCCCUGCAACUGUUUGUGCCUGUUUCCAGAAAAAAUCCAGCAAUGGCGAAAUGUGGAAAUCUGCCGCAAAACCAUGGCGAAAAAUUUUGCUCAUCACUAUAUAUGAUUAUUAGAACUACUUAAUUAUGAUUUAGGCAUGCUCUGUUUCUUCAAACUGUUGUGCUUAAAACUGUUUUUCAGGUUUUCUACAUAGGGUAGUCAUCUCAUACAAGCUGAUCUUAUCUUGAGAUGUAACAUAGCACCUGGAUAAGGAUUUAAAUAAGAAUAUAUUCCAAGAAAGUAUUUGGCAGUAUACUGAAACUGUGGUCAGAAGUUAGUAAAACACUGUUUAAAAAUGAGUAGUGCUUAAAGUGAUACUGACACAAAAAAAACCCACUUUUUAAUAUAUGAAUCUACAUAAAAAGUUACCUAUACAUCA